AUGACCGUCAGUAAAAAUGUGGGAUUGUUGCUGCAGGUGUCGGAGAUGUUUCGUGAGAUCGCCAAAUAUCUCCGCAAACAUGGCGCUACCCGAGAGUCCAAGCACUUCUACAGCAGCGUAAUGGCUCAUUGCCUAAUGAUCCACGAUCACAUCAGUCGCAUCAAAGCAUUCGUCGCAGAUGAUAACAGCCUGAUCACGAACAUCCUGCUUCGACUCGAGGCGACUGUCACCGUGAAUAUUUUGGAAACGCGACUGGUGCUCCCGACCACUGUUUACCCUCGACUUGCGACUCUAGCCGACAUAUGGAGCCAGACACAACGCGAGAGCGGUUUUAUUGACUUGCAGCGCAUAACGCAAUUGGUUGAGCUUGCAGAGGAUCCUGGGAAGCAGGAGGAGAUGAUUGAAUUCUUCGAAAAUUGGGAAGAUGGCAUUAAGAGCCAAUACCCCGACGACCCUAGCCUGUGGGCCCGAGAAGAUAUGCCCAGCAGAGCAAAAGCCAGAGGAGAUCCUUCAUACGUGGUUUUGAAUGCUUCCCAGUCGCUUUUCCGAGCCCUGGUGGAGUCAAAGGACUGUACAUGUCAGCCUAUGCAUGACUUUAAUGUUCGACUUUGUCUGGGCACCUUUCGAAAUUCCCAGAAGACUGAGAAAGAGCGAGAUCACGAUUGCGGAUUUGACAUAUUUCUAUCAAAUAUGCAAGAGCAAUGGCAUGAAGCAGAUGUGUGUUUUGCCAAGAGUGCCGGAAUCAACUUUGGGCAAACCGACAAAGGCGUGCGAAGCCCGAGGAUCCCCGCCAUGAAGAUCAAGAAUCUAUGUGAGCCCAUUAGAAAGAGGCAGCCUUUUGAUCGCCUGAAAUUGAGAGUCGGGGAGGAUGGACGGCUGUGGAAGUUACGAUCCGAAAAAUGUUCCUUUACAGUGGAUGAAACUAAGGAACCGGUAUCAUUGCAGCAUUUCAUCCAAGGUCAGUAUAGAUCUCUAACCGACAAAACAAAACGUAUCCUGGCCGUGAUGCUCGGGUAUGCUGUUCUGUAUCUUCACGAGACUCCCUGGCUUACGCCAUCAUGGGGUCCAUCGAAUAUCUUGUUCUUCCAUACGACCUCGUCGGCGAUUCCUCUCAAGCCCUUUCUCCAAACCGAGCUAGCAACGAAUGACACAGUUCCUUCUCAAGGCAAUCCUGUCUUGGAUCCAGAUGAUUUUGAUCCAGACGAUUUCGAUUCCAACGAUCUAGACCCCGAUGAUAUUAUGGUCCACCAGUGCCCACAUCUGGUGACACUGGGGAUUGUCUUAAUGGAAUUAUAUCUCGCAACGCCGUUUGAAGAUUUAGCCGAGAAGUACGGUGUGCUCUUAAAUGAUCGGACGAGAUCUAUCGAUGCGGAGUUGGUUUUUGAACAAUGCAAAAAUGAGAUCCCGGAGAAUUCUCAAUUUCACUACGCCGUGAAAAAAUGCCUGGACCCUAAAGUGUGGGAGGAUAACAAUGGCGCCCGGUUGAGUGAUCACACAUUGAAAUCAACAAUUUACCAUGAGAUUGUUGGCCCUUUGGAAGAUGAGUUAAGCCAGGCAUUCAGCUACAUUCCCCUUGACCAAUUGGAUGUUAUUGCGCAGGGUCUAGACCUUGCCAGUUGGGGCCAGGCCAUUCAAAAUCACCAAGCCCCUGCUCAUUCUUCUGAAACUCUCAUACAAAUGCCAUUUAGGCAAUCAAAUGGGCUUUUAUCAACCCAUGAUUAUAAGGAUCAAUGUCAGCAACAGCGGAGUUCUUCACCAUUUCUUCAAGGUUUUGUCGCAUUGCCGGCGAUGCCGAAUUUUCACACUAUUUCUUCUAUUAUGACUGUGCCCCAACCAGGGAAUUCGGUUCCGGUUCACUAUGCAAGCAUGGAUUUCUUUGACGAUGAAACAACAUCCGAAGAGCAUUCAGUGGAAGCGUGUAUGAAUUACCGGAACUGGCGUCGAAGGUUCAAGGAUGUUUACGAGAGGUACAUCACACGACCACCCAAAACUCCAGUGAGAAUUGCUAUUUUCGAUACUGGGGUCGAUCAGACUCACCCAGAUGUGGAUGCAUGCGUUGAGCAAAUCAAGGGUCGAUUCAAUUGGACCAACGAGAAAUUUCCUCACUUGGUCGACGAUUACAAUGGACAUGGGACUUUUACCACGAGCUUGCUGCUGGAAUAUUGCCCUGAUGCAGAAAUCUAUAUUGCAAAGAUAUCCGACGGGAAGCCGGUUGGCCCUGGUGUCAUUGCCAAGGCCCUCGACUAUGCGGUUAAUGAAUGGAAGGUUGAUAUCGUUUCUAUGUCAUUUGGGUUUCGAUCCCGGGAUGUCGAAGGCUACGAAGAGCUGGAGCGUGCUAUUCACAACGCAUACUCCGCCCACGUCCUUCUCUUUGCUGCUGCUUCGAACAGCGGGGCCAACCUAGACAGGGCCUAUCCGGCACGCGAUGAGAAUGUGAUCUGUAUUAAUUCAACCGAUGCGAACGGGAAUCGAUCGCCUUUCAGCCCUACAGCCCUUGCGGAUGUACUUAACCUGGCCACAGUUGGCGAGGCAGUCGAGUCCGCUUGGCCAAUGCGGUACUGCGAUCCCCCAUCCGGGCUCAAACAUAAAUCGGGGACAUCGUAUGCCACACCCAUCGCGGUCAGUAUUGCGGGUUUCCUACUACAAUAUGCCCGUUUGUAUAUUCUUGAGAAUGCACACCUGUUGAAACGGCAGUCAAAAAUGAAAGCCGUCCUUCGGAAGAUCGCUGAGAAAAGCCUGGAGUCUCGAGCCCGCGAUGAUUACCAUUUCAUUGCCUUGAAUCUGUAUUCAGAUAACCUUUUUGGCAAGGAUCAGGACUUUAUUAACUACACAUUGCGGGAUAUACUUCGACAGUAA